AUUGAGAGACGGACCAUCGAGGCAGGUACUCGAUACAAGAGUCCGCUGGCUCAGUCAUCCUCCCCAUAUCCUGAAUAAGGUAGAAGGGCGAUCAUAGCCAAGGGGAACAUUUUCCCUACGUGAUUUUCCAAUUUAACGUCCCUGCAGGCCAGGGUACGAAUUCAGAGCUGGUCUCUGUUGAUGGAUGCUUCAGCAUUCUUGCUUCAUCUUGCACCACUCUGAAAGAAAGGAAACCCAUCAGGUACAGUUGAAACAUGAGUGUGUUAGGCACUGCUGCUGUGGAGACAUACCUUAAACAGAUGUCCGGUGCUGUGACACCAGCUGAGGGCUACUUGGAGAAAAGCCACUCCUCCACAGCAACAGAGGGUACCAAGAGGUACCAUCAUGAUGAUUCUUUACCAGUGGAGGGAUAUGUGAAGGAGUUCACCCGCCACUCAAAUGAUGUCCUACUCAAUCUGAAUGAACUUCGCCAUCGGGAAAUACUGACAGAUGCCACCCUGCUGGUGGGUAACACCCAACUACUGGCCCACCGAGCUGUCCUCAUUGCAUGCAGUGGCUUCUUCUAUUCUCUGUUCUCUCGUUGUGGUUCUGCGGGGCUCAGCGUUCUCACUCUCCCAGAUACGCUGGAUGUCCGUGGAGUCACCCUGCUUUUGGAAUUUAUGUACACAUCACGGCUGCCUCUUACUCUGGACACCGUGGAAGCUGUACUGGCUGCUGCCACCUAUCUGCAGAUGGAGCAUGUAGCAGAUGCCUGUCGUGCCUUCAUUCAGUCCAGAGCCACUACCCAUCCCAGGUCCCGCUUGUUGGAUUACACCUCUUCAGUACUGUGUGCUUCUGCCCAUUCAGAGGUGCUACUAGGUAGAGGAGUAUAUUGCUGGGGUCCUUCUUUGACACCCUUGUCUGCCAGAGUCCCAACUUCAUCUGUGCCCUCCAAGACCUUUCUCCAGAACAGCUCUACUAUAAAAAACCUUGGAGAGAACAUGCCCCUCUUGGAGAUACAGGGUACUACUCAGCAAGAAGCUUCGCAUUUUCAAAACCCUGUCAAGGCAUCGAGACUGCUGGAAAGCCAAACAUCAGAAGCAACCAUGGAUCACAGUGGUUUUAAGGAUAUUGCAAAGAAGCAUGAUGGGCAACAAGAGUCAUGCAAAGCCCACCAAGAAGAAGUGAAAAUUGAAGCAGAUGCUUCUGGGAGCAGGGAGCUAACCAUAUCACCCUUGCCAACCCCUGAUAGCCCAUCCCGUUCUGGCUGUCAUCCCAACUCUCCUUCUGAGGCCAGCAUCUGUGGAAGUCAGGCACCUGCGCAGACAGAGGCCCAUCCAAACCCAGACCCCAAAGCCUGUAACUGGAAAAAGUACAAAUAUAUAGUGUUGAACCCUCUAUGCCGGAGAUCAGCUGUGAAAGAUGAGGAGGAAGAGGAAGAGGAGGAGGAGGACGAGGAGGAAGGCGACAAGAAACUGGAAGAAGAUGAUCCAGAGCUGGGUCAUACCCCUAGGAGCCCAGAGAGAUGCCCAUCAUCUGACCACUCUGCCCAGGAGGCGGGAGACAAAGAUGAGAUGAGUCAAUCAGUGAGGCUUAUCCCUCGGUACAUUCAGUGUAACGUUUGUCUGCAAAGCUUUGAGCAGGUCUCUCAGCUAUUUCAUCACAUCAUGGCCAGCCACCCUGAGGAGGACCUUCCUGACUUGUCUUCUGCAGCCUCUCGCUGCACAUCCGGUGUUGCCAUGACCUGUACAAUAUGCCAGGGACAUUUCACAAAGCAGGAUGCCCAGCACCGACAUUUCCUGCAUUGUAAUGGCGACAAUGACCAGCCCAAGUGUGACAGUUGCUGCUCUUCUUUUUGCCACAGUAGCAGCCCAUCAACUCAGAAAAUUGUACAUGCAGGUGAGAAGCCAUAUCGCUGCAGCAUCUGUGGGGCACAGUUCAACAGACCUGCCAAUCUCAAGACUCACUCACGCAUCCACUCAGGCGAAAAGCCUUAUCGCUGUGAUACAUGUGGGGCCCGCUUUGUUCAGGUAGCUCACCUACGAGCUCAUGUUCUUAUUCAUACUGGAGAGAAGCCUUACCCAUGUGAGACGUGUGGCACACGUUUUCGUCACCUGCAAACUCUCAAGAGCCACAUCCGCAUUCACACAGGGGAAAAACCCUACCAUUGUGAAAAGUGCGAUCUUCACUUCAGGCACAAGAGCCAGCUGAGGCUCCACCUGCGGCAGAAGCAUGGCGCAGUAACUAACACCAAGAUCCGCUACAAGGUUCUGUCAGACCCAUACAGAGCAGCAAUUGUAUCCUGCUAAACAUUUCAUGCAGGCCAUGAGAUUACAUUGCACAGUCAAGCAGGAAACUGAGUCCAGACCAAAAUGGAAAAAAUGGACAUUUUCUUUGUGAUGCUAUGCCUCCUAUUGACCUUUACCAAAAAAAACAUUUAGUUUGUUCUCAUGGUCAGGGCUGCCAUCACUAAGUAGAUGGUAACAGGGAUUAAACAUGUCUUAAGAAACUUCCUAUGACAUUUAGUGGUAGAGUAAACUUACUGCAGAUAGGUGUAUUCUUAAAUUGAAGAAUACUUUUAAUUAAAAUAACUGUCAGAGAAAACCAAUCAGGGUGGCAGUUUGGUGAGCAACCUUCCUCCUACUCCUAUUGACUAAUGAACGUCUUCUCAAGAUUGUUGCAUUCUGGUCUUGUCAAGUGUAAACAAUGUCAAAUCAAUGUAUUCUGUGCAUACAGGCAAUGUGGUGAAGGCUUAGAACACUAACCCAUGAGGCUGUCAAUUCAGUGCACACCAUUGACUCACUUUAUAACCAUGAGCAAGUUGUUUAACCCGAUAAAAUUUUACACAGAUUUUAGGAAACAUUUUUAGAGAUGGUGUUCACUAUGGAAAGAUGCUGUAUAAAAUGAAAAGUAUAAAUGUUGUUCACAAUAGAAAGGUGAUUAGAGUUGUGGUUCAGUAUGGAAGUUUGUGUGUUGUGUGAUUGCCCGAUUGAUGAUGUUAAAUUGUUUUGUGACACACGUUUGUUAAAUUAACUCAUUGUAUCAGCUACUUGCAGUUACUUUAGCCCCAAAAUCUACUUUUCUUAUCCAGUUAGUGGUAAAAAAAAAGUGAUAGGAUUGUUUUUGCUGAUUUUCAAGCCUUGGUGCUAUUAGGAUGGAAGAGAAGACACCCUAGGGACUCGGAGCUUUCCUGUCUUCUUUUGAACUCUUAAAAAGAGUUCUUGGUUAAAACCUUGCAGUGUGUAAUCAGAAAGUACCGAUUCUUAAAGCAGUCUUCCUGUAAUGUUCAAGUACAGUGAAGCAAAUUUGGUGAUAACAAGAUGUGUUAGCAAGAUGAUAAAAUGGAAGAAGAAUGGCAGAGCUGGGAUGAGCAUCCAUUGUUCUCCUCCCUCAUUGAAGUGUAGGUAUAGGAAGCUGUAGUUGGUCUUCAUGGGCAAUGUUCAUAGGUAUGUAGGGUUAAAAAUGGCACAUGUACAGAGUGACUUGUAUGUUGCAACACAAAGAUAGAUGCACACCAUGUGAUCUUAAAAGGUCUAUCACUGUAAACAGAUGUACCAACAAAGCACUUUGAGAUGUCUUCCACUAUGCAAAGCCACUAAAAUAUAUAUUAUAAAGUUUAAGGGUACAGCUAUUUUUUUUUCAAGAUGCAGAAAGAGAACAGUCAGGCUAAAGGGUUCUUAAAGUGUCUGUAGACACCUGAAAGUCCUGCCUCCUGGCUGCUGCAGACUACACUGCAUCUCCAUUCUGGACUUUCACUACAAGUGCUCUACAGUGUGCCAUCUGGCAGCAUGUCAUAAGCCUACUGCUGGCAUGUAAUGAGGCACAUUUGGCUAUGUCUUUGUUUUUAAAUAAUCCAAAUGGCUUACUCUGUUGUCCAGGAUAAGCUAUUAAGCCAGAAUCAUAUGUAAUGAAUGAUACAGACAACCCUAAAAGUCUGUAGAAGAUACAGUGUAAGGGAUUUUUUGUUGAAGGUAGGUAUUUUGUGGGCAGUAAUAUUUUAGUCAAUUUAAUGUGUUAAGAAAAAGAAACAACAGACUAAAAGAAAAAAAAGAGAUAACAGACUUCAGCUAAUCUACAGUCAAUGAAGUUAACAGCAGGAAGUGGGGAGAAGGUAAAAGAGGGCUUGUUGAAGUUGCUUUCUGUUGCCUAAAGUACGUUGUUUGGUCUGGAAGAGGUUAUAGAAUGUUAAAUGAAUAAAAUAACUCAAAAGUCAGAGGUUAAAGUAGGAAGAAAGUAUAUGCGGUGGAGGAAAGCAUUUGGAAUUGGAUAAUCAGGAGCUUAGAAAGUCCAGUGUGUCUAAUUCAGAAGUGCAAAUCCAAAUGUACACCGAUGUUCAACGUUUGGACUAAUUAAUCAUUUGCUUGAGUUAGAACUGGAAUGAUUGUGUGAUGAUUGCAAAGUUCUAAAAGGUGCCUUUGGAAAACUGUGAAUAAAUGUCAUCAGUUUAUUGGGUGCUAAUGUUGCCUAGAAGGAGGAGUGUGGUUAUCAGUGUCCCAGGUACCAGGGUUUAUCAUUUUGAAUUGGAGUAAAAUGUAAACAGAAGUCAGACUAUUUGGGAUUUAUCAAUUGUUUGGUUCACCUUAAUAGCUUCCCUGGUAUGCCAUGAAAAUAACAGUGUAGCACACCUGGGUCUAAACUCAAGAAGGACAAACUCCUCAGGUGGUCGAACAACCUGGAGAAGUUGGCUUGAAAACUGCCACACAAUCGCUAUGUUGCAGUCAUAGCACAUAGAGCUCUUAGGAUACAUCUCUUGGCUGCUAGAGUCCAUCUGGCUGGCUGUGUGGGUGCCAACGAGUGUCACGGGGUGGUGGAUAGUGGGCAUACAAGUUGCCUCAGACGCAGAGGAGGGCGAGUAAAGUACUCAUUGAGUUCUGAGUCUGCAAAUGCUGAUCUCGGAGCUGCUUUUAUACCGGCUUCUCUGGUAGUCCCGUCCCUUCAGACAGUUGAGCAUGUAUAUGAGAUAUAAUGUGUUUGUGGACAGUAGAUAAAGGUUGGAAAACACUUCACUGCACUAUCUAUCUAUCUAUCUGUCUGUCUGUCUGUCUGUCUGUCUGUCUGUCACACGUGAAAAAAAUAGAAGCCUGAUUUGUUUUUUUUAAUAAAGCCGGGAUGAUAAGCUAAUAAGAAACCCUUAACCUUGACAGUGAGAGAUCAGCUUUGCAUGCUGACGUUUUUCACUUCAAACACAUGAAUUGCUUUUAUAUUUCAUCUAACAGUGUGUGCCUGUGUGUGAAAGUAUAACUUUAUCUCAUUUAAUGUCUUUAUAUAGUGAACACCAUCUCAAGUACUUGACCAGGGCUGAUGAGACUGGCUCCAGCCCUCUCCCAGAACAAGGUUAAGCAAGUCUGAUAAAAAAAAUAUAUACAUAUAUAUAUAAAUGUUGUUUUCAAAUUUUGCUGUUAUUUAUAGAGCUGAUAUUCAGCAAGGUUCAGUGGCUCAUCCAGGGUCUUGCAGCGAGUCAGAGCCGGCAACAGUUUCUUAGUCAUGAUGGGACAUACUGUUGCAUUCCGUUACUCUCUGUAACUCGUCAUUAUUUUUCACAUUUAAAACCUGCCUAAUUGUUUUUCUAAAUGACCCUUUAGGGUUUGUGCUCAUGACUGAACCCUGUCCGGGGUUGGUUCUUUUCUUGCAAACAAUGAUGAUGGGCUAGCCCAAGUAUCCCAUCAUACAAACUGAAUUUGAGAAUGGUGUGUUAGAAUAAUGCACAACAAUCAAGCUGGAAUAAGGCAGAGUGUGUUUCUGUUGGCCCCUCCAAUAUUUGUAUAAAAAUAUACUGACAGAUCAACGUGGGUCACAUCAAUGUUCACAGUAUUACCAAAAUUGUUUGUUGCUACCUUAUCAGUGUCCGGUCAAUAUAUGAACAUGCCUUCCUUGAAUGUUUCUGUUCAUACUGUACAAUGAGCCAUAAUGUUGUCAUACAUCUGCUGACCACCAUGUUCUGUUGACCUCCAUCUGCAUCUGUGUACAUACGUUAAUGGUGUCAUUGAACCCGUCUUUUAAACAGAGGCUCGGCUCCCUAACCAAAAGGCCACACACCUCCCCAACCUGACCACUGUCACUGCACAGCCUAGUUUUGAAGCCUUCCCAUUUUGCUACACUACCAGCUUUCAUUCUUAAUGCACCUUUUUUUUCCCUUAAAAAGUAAAACUCACCGUAGUGAGCAUAUUUGCCUUUCUUUAAUGAAGUGUGCACAAUUAAGUUGAUUUGCCAUUGUUUGUAAAACAGGAUCCUUAUUGGCUAUCCUGUUUUUUAAAGUCUGGUUGCUCUCAUACCACUACUGCUGGCGCCUUAUAAGCUCUUUGGAAAUGGUGUGUUCAGGGAAGAACUCUUUCUGUUGCUUUUUUUUUUGCCAUCUAACUUGCCGUCUUUCUUCUUUCUGAACAUUUUUGGGCCUUCACUUAGUGUUGACUCGCUGUGAAUGUGAAUGCAUCCCAUUUUAGGUGGUGUGUGUAAGUGCCACUUUCAGACUUUAAUUUGUCUCAACGGCUUUGCUGCCGCUUAAGCCUUCAACUGCUUAAUAUUUCAGUUCCUGUGCGGCGUGAGACGACGCCUGUCUCCGCAUGCUUUGCUGAAGGAAUUGGGACCGUUUGAAAGACGCUGCGUGACUUUUAAUGGCCCAAAGUGAGAUUGGAAACAUACAAGCUUUGAGAGUUGAUGUAUAUGUAAUAUAAAGAGGAAUUAAAAGAAUCAAAAAGAUUUAUCAUUUUGCUGGCCAAGAUAAAAUAUCUUUUUAUGGGGUAAUAAAGAUUUUGUUUUCUGUUACAGCUUAAUAUAUAUAUAUUUUUAUUAUGCUGGAAUGGUGUAUAUCUAUGGAUUUGUAUGGAUUGCUGCUUUAAAUGCUUUAGAAAAUUAUUUUUAUUUUAUUUUAUUUUUUUCUGAAACCAAAGUCUAAAAAUGAUCUGCUGUGCAGGAUCUGCUCUUUUUUUAAUUUAAAUUAUAAUUGCAGUUAGUGAUGCUGCUGUCUGUAACCGUUUUUCUGAACCCUUUUUAUGUCGGCGUACUGAUUUUGUUUUAGGUGGUCUAUUUCACUCAUUUACUGUAUUUCCUCCCUGACUGGUGCCCAUGAAACUUUGUGUUUUUUGCUGUUGAUCGGCAGGCCCAUUCUGAAAUCACCGUUCAUUACACCCUUUUUAUUUUGCCUAGCUGGAAAUUGGAUGUUCAAAGGAAAUAGAUUUAAUUAUUUUUUUAAGAGAAAUAGGAGCAGGAGACAAAUGGAAUGAAUGUACAAUAACAAGAGAGUAGUCCAAAAAGUUGCAAAGAUUCUGUGAUCAGGAAGACAACAAGACCAAAGGGUCAAAACAAAAAUGCUGCAUUUGAAAGCAAAUAUAGGAAGGCAAAAAUGAAAAAAAGGAUUUGAAAAGGUUCCCUAGAAAUGCCAAGAUUUCAUGUAGAGUUUUGUAGGCUUUAUUGCUAUGAAAAGCUUUGAAGGUCCUUAAAGUCCUCCUCUCUACCACCCUACUUGGUAAGGAGGAGUUUGACAAAUGCAUGAAUGCGACGAGCCCAUCAGGCUCAUAAUUGUGAUUCCGAAAGAGCUUACCACUUUACAGCCUUUAAGGUGGAAAUCAGCCAUACAGGAACGUUAAAGGAUUAGCCGUUGUUUCAUUUACCAUUUUAUUGCUCUUGUAUGGCAUCAGCAAUUCAGUUUCCAAAAACUCAUCCUGAACUUAUCCCUGCAGGACGAGCUUUUAUAUUAGAGGAACUGCUGUAGCCGACAUUGUUCAGAAGUCCCACUGUGUGACCUUAAUGGAGUCCAAUGCCACACCAGGGCUGACUCAGCAAUGUUGUCCUGUGAACUUGUGAUCUGUAAGUCACUUUAGAUGUUGCCUACUUAGGCAAAAGUUUACCUCUGUCACUGCCGAGCCCAACAAUAAAUCUACUACUUCAAACACCCAGACGAUCAUGGGGGAAUCUAUGGAUAUGACAGAGCAGCUUACUUCUGCAAUUUUAAUUUUAGUUUUGGUGUGAUUGUUCAGAAGAGAAAAUGCUGAUCUCUCUUGUCUGCCGCUUUAAUAAAUCUGCAAUAUAUUUU